CGAACCAAGGCAGGAACCCGGAAAAAUCCCCAGUUUGAGCCAGGAUUCGAACCUUGGCCACAGCGGUGAGAGGCCGACGCGCUAACACACUUGGCCACCCGUGCUUCUUGGCCUCGGUGGCCAAGUGAUUAGCGAUGCUCAUUUAAUAGAAAAUUUCAUUUUCAUUAUAUUAGCAUAACAUUUCUUGUCAUCAAAGCAGCGUCAAUGGUAUGAACAGCUCCCUUCAAUAUGAAAGGAAACCAAAACAAGUCUACUCACUUGAAGAUUAGUCUGGCAAGAAACAUGUGCCUGGCGUCAAAUUGAAAUGAGGCAUAAACAUGCGUCUUAGGACACAGCUGAAUGCUCUCAUAAAUACCACACAGGCGAAGAUCACAAUAACAAAUGCGAUUUGAUCUAAACACAACCUUUAAGUACCAGAGAGUCAUUUAUUCGAGACAGGAAAGAGUCGAAGUAGCUAAGAGCAAGGGCUGGUUUAAGUUACUACACUCUUAGAGGAGAAUGAACCCUAGAAGUUUAAGUUUGGCGUUCUUUGUUGUUUUCGCGAUAAGACUCGCGUAUGUGCGAAGUCAACAAGAACCAAAAGACGGAGGGGUGGAAGGUCUUGGGGUGUUAAAUGGCAAGAGAUCGAGCGAAAUAAGAAAACGAAUGAAGUAUGAUCAAGAGAGUAGAGAGAUAUAUCGAGGGAAAGGCACGGAGAACAAUCAAUUGGAAGACCUUUAUGAUGUCAAAGAGAAAUCACUCAAGCCAGUCGCUCGAGACCAUUAUAACAAGAUCCCGAAUCAAAGAGACUUCGACACUGCUAAAGACCCAAAAUCAACGAAGCGAUUUUCAAACAGUUUAAAGACUUGGGAAUCCAAGGCGUUUGGGAAUAUCAGAGAAUCCGAAUUAGAAAUGUUUGGCCCAGGAGUCAAGCAUGUUAAGUUAAUAAAACAGUCACGUAAACACGUGGUUCAGCAUCAAAGACUAGACAUCCCAAGUCGUCGACAAAAACGUUCAGAAAUGAGCAUCUUAAACGAGAGCUCGACAACGCCUCAUCCUGAUGAGCCGCCUCCUAGUCCAACCAAUAACAACGAAGACGCUCCGCAGAAGCUAUUUUGUACGAAAGAUGCGACCUCAUGCAAGAACAGGUGCAAUAAUACAAGAAUGUUCUCAACUGAGGCGCAGCUUAUGUGCUCCUGUGAUUUACAGUGUGUCUACUUUUAUGACUGUUGCGCUGAUUACCAUGAAUACUGCUCGUCAUAUAUUACGUACCAAGGUGACAUUAGCAGCCCGAUCCCCGACUUUGGGGGCGUGCUACCCGACUUGGGGGACAGGCCCGUCGAGGAGGAGAUGCCCCCACCCUGGGGUAACUGGACAUGUAUUCUACCCGGAAUGAACCCUCUUGCGGUCGCGAAAGGGGCGGCGGGAGUCUGGAUGGUAGGCCACUGUCCGAGGAGUGCAGAUCAGGACACAUCGUCCAAGUGCGCAGUCUACGCAACUGAUGGCUUCCCGGUUACACGGGCUAACGUGAAGGAUGUCUUGCCUGUGUUUACACCGAAUGGAAUCGUGUACAGGAACCCCUACUGUGCUUUAUGCAAUGGCGUCUCUACGGCAGACACUAAGAGUUAUACUCUCUCGUUCAACUGCGAGAACCAGCCACCAACUCACCUCGGCGCGGAGAAGAGAAUGGACUUCUUAUUUGAGUAUUGUCGUAGCGCCAUGUCUUGGAAUCCCGGAGUGGGGCAACCUAGGCGGUACUGCUUCAGGGUACAACAAGCAUGCGGCUUCUACGCCCCACAAGCAGCAAAGGACAAGUGCAAGAAUAGCCCCCCAGCCAUUGUGUAUUACAACUUCCGCAAUUACAAGAACAUAGACUGUGUUAACUGCGGUAGACAUAACACAAGUAUUGGAUGCGGCCCUGGGACCAAAGAUAAGCCGGGGGCGUACGUCCCUUUAGUUGCACCGUUUAACCUUGUUUUUAAUUUUGGCGGGAAAGAAGGGCCCAUGGACGUUACUACUCAGGUCACGUGCCCACUUAGAUCGUAUUAUGAUCCUUAUUUGGAAAUCUGUAAAGAGGGUCUUUCGCCGCCACCAAGGGCGUCAGGAAACGACGAAUAUCGGGUGCUGCUAUGGCUGCGAAGUCUUGGCUUCUUAAACACUUCUCCAGAUAACCUUGAACGGGAGCUUCCGUUGACUCUAAGUCAAGCGUUCGGAAUGAAAAUGGGCGAUGUGACUAAUGUGGGGUUUACUGACAUGCAAGAAAAUCAAUACAAGUUGCAGUUUGACGCAAGCGUUGAGAGAAAGAGCGCCAGAAACAAAAGAUCUUUUUAUCAACUUUUCUGUGACCAAAUCUUGAAUUUUGACGCUCCAUUUAAUCUCAGUAUAAAUGGCACCACUUUCAACACAUUCAAAGCAACAUACCGCAUUCUCGGCUGCUUCAACUUACACUCCUAUCAACGACAGGAAUACACGACGCUCAACGACACAGCGGUAUACCUUAUCGACGCAGGCGCAGUCAUACAAGCAAAGGACUAUUACCACAAUGGCUCCUCGGGAGAAAUUCUAGUUUGUAUGGAUGGCAGGACGAGAAACUGUACCGGGACCUACGUGCGUUUGAGUGAGAAUGAGUACACUAUGAUUUCGAAUAGGUCCGUCUACGUGAACAGAACGAAGGAAAUAUUCUCCCACAUGGAGUAUGUUACCCGUGAUGGUUCCCUGUGGAUAUGUAGAAACUAUUCCAAUGCUUAUACUAUAAGAAGUGAGAAAGGGAGUGAGGUACUUCGAAUGGUGACAUUCGUGUGUUUGCUGAUAUCCGUGAUCGCUCUUGGGUUUGUCCUUGUCACCUACUCUCUAUUCAGCGAGCUCCGAACAACUCCGGGGAAAAACCUUAUGAAUCUGAGUACAGCAAUACUUCUCUCCCAAAUUUUCUGGUUGUCCGGAAGCGGACAGGUCCAUGACCGGACAGCGUGCACGGUUGUUGCGAUCCUGCUACAUUAUUUUUUUCUCGCGUCUUUCAUAUGGACUGCAAUUAUCGCCUGGGACACUUGGCGCGCUUUCUCUCACCGCAGCCACCGCUCAGCCAAAACCAUGAAGAGAGAAAAUUUGAUCGGCACCUUGCGAUGUAUGGCAGUUGGAUGGCUUCCUGCUUUACUCUUCGUCGCAAUCACCACUGCCAUCGACCUAUCAGGUGCUGUUGCUAUUGGAUACGGCUCUGACGUAGCUUGCUGGAUAACCAAUGGUACACCAUUACUUGUAGUCUUUGGGCUUCCGGUUGUCGUUAUCCUGGUGUUCAACUCCAUAUUCUACGCGCUGACGAUCAUAGCGAUCCGUGCGACAGCUAAGCAAGCGCGCUUUGCGUCUAGCGACUCUCGGCAGAAGGCCCAUUUCUGGAUCUACUUAAGAAUCGCUGCGAUUAUGGGCUUUACUUGGGUCUUCGGGUUCAUCGCCGCCGUAGGGAUCACAGCCUUAUGGUAUGUCUUCGUCAUCUUGAACUGCCUGCAGGGCGUGUACAUCGCGCUGGCCUUCGCACUGACUGAGCGCGCGCGAAAUCUGUACAAAGCAGUGGUGAUCACGUGGAGAAUGAAGCUCAGGGAUGAUAAGUCGGUGAAAACUUCCACGCAGUUAACAAUGGAUUCACCAAUGGCGCAACACAACCAUACCAUAGAUACGCGACUCUGAUUGGCUAGAACAUUGUACUUCACUGUUGUGAUUGGCUAUCAACAUUCUCUAGAUACGCGACGCUGAUUAUAUUAAAAUUACUGCAAGCGCACAUAAAAAGACAGUGGAAAACACUUUAAAAAAAUAAAAAUAUAAUAAGCAAUUCUACAACUCUCCUUUUACCGGCAACCAUUCCCUUGCUGGUGCCUGCAAUCGGAACUUUUUCGUUCCCCAAUCGGAACUUUUUCGUACCCCAAUCGCCACUCUAUAUAACUCUUGUAUUACUGCAGGCGCUUGGCCUAGUGCUUGGAAGAGGGGAGAUUGGAUACCAGUAUAUAAAAAAGACGAUAAGCUCUCAAAAGAGAAUUAUCGACCAGUCACUAUCUUGUCCUGUGUAAACAAAGUACUUGAGAAACUGGUUAGUGUACAACUCGCCACGAGUUUCGACUCCCUUAUGUACGUGAACUCUAGCGCAUAUCGAAAACAAUACAGCUGCGAAACAACUUUGAUCAAUCUCACGGAAAGGUGGAAAAUGGCAAGGGAUGAGAGACUUUCAGUGAACAUUCUAUCAACAGAUAUGUCAAAGGCAUUUGACUCGAUGCAUCCCCCCUUACUACUCAGUAAAUUGAAAGCCUAUGGAGCUCAGGAUACAUGUCUGCGACUUCUUGAGAGUUAUCUCUCAGACAGAAGAAAUCGUGUCAGAAUGGGAAAGGAUCUAAGUUCUUACAGCACGGUCAACCGAGGCUGUCCUCAGGGUUCGGCCCUAGGACCAUUGCUCUGGAAUAUUUUUCAGAAUGACCUCCCAAUGAGUGUCAAUACGGAGUUAUCAAUGUACGCCGACGAUCAUCAAAUUUACCAUUGCGGUCGGGAUCCGGGAGUGGUCACAGCAAAGCUCAGUGCAAGUGCCGAACUCGCGACUGCGUGGUACGAGUCCAAUUUGUUGGCUGGUAACCUCAAGAAAUACCAAACACUAAGCAUCGGUUAUGGUAAAAAGGCAAACGCCUCCGUGGACUCGAUCUCACGCAUUUCUAUCAACAACCAGGAAAUACGGUCAGCGGACUCCCUAAAGCUACUAGGAGUUACAAUAGACUCUCAACUCAAUUUCUCGGAGCAUAUAAGCAUAGCAUGUAAAAAUGCUGGCAGAAGAAUCGGUGUGCUGAUGAGACUCAGGAACUUGAUACCUACAAACGCUAAACUAGUUCUCUAUAAAUCUGCUGUGUUGCCUUAUUUGACAUACUGCCACUUGACCUGGCAUUUUUGUAAGGCAAGCGAUAGUAGGAAGCUUGAGCGUUUACAGGAACGUGCCUUAAGAGCUGUUUUUAAAGACUGGAAUUGCACUUACCACGAACUAUUAAUAAAGGCUAAUUUAUCUACUCUACGUAAUCGUAGACUGCAAGACAUUUGCAUCUUAAUGUACAAAGUUAAAAAUGGCCUUUGUCCAUCUGGGAUUAGUGAUUUGUUUUCUAAAAAAAAACACGAACUAUAAUUUAAGAUUGUCCGAUUUUGUUAUUCCAAGAUUUAACACAGUCACUUACGGGAAACAUUCCCUAAGAUAUAUGGGGGCUAAACUAUGGAAUAGCCUACCUAGGGCAGAAAGAUCAAUUGACAGUUUAAAAAGUUUUAAAGUGACUAUGAGAAAAAAGGAUUUCGAAUUUAUAGAAAAUUGCAAGGGCUGUGCCCUAUGUUCCGCAUGAUAAUUUUUAAAUCUAGUCAAUUUUUUUUUCAUAAUUUCAUAUAGAUUACAAUCAAUUUACAUGUAUUUAUAUAUAUAUAUAUAUAUAUUUAUUUAGCUUUAUCAGUAAGAAUCUACAAUUUUAAAUUUUUAAUAAUCAGUAUAAUUUUUAUAAUUUUAUCUUUUUUUUGUGUCCCCCAAUUAGUAGGGGUCUUAUCCCCGGCUAGAGGUUGUUUAUGACACUUUAAUAAAGUUUCUAUCUAUCUAUAUAUA